UGCGCAGUGACAGCAACCGUUGAACGUUGGAUCCGCGUGAAGUAAGACAGACGAAGAAAAUCAAACGGGACGAAAUCAAAGAAUUUCAAGAGAAGAACGUAAACGAAUACCGGAGGUUUGAGAGGCGAUUUACCGGGAGUCUGACCGAGGAGGAUGGAGCAGCUGGAGCCGAAGAGGAUGGAGCAGCUGGAGCGUCUGAAAGAUGAAGAGAAGCAGGAGGAGGGGCAGUGUCUCCAUGACAACAGCGAUGGGACCAACAACAACAACAACAACAACCGCCCCAAGACGGUGUGUCCAGGUGCAGGUGAACAUCCUCUUCAGUAUAACUACACUUUCUGGUACAGUAGACGAACCCCCAGUCGACCGGCCAGUUCGCAGACGUACGAACAGAACAUCCGACAGAUCGGCACCGUGGCCUCGGUGGAACAGUUCUGGAAGUUCUACAGUCAUCUGGUUCGACCAGGAGACCUGAGUGGACACAGUGACUUCCACCUGUUUAAAGAAGGAAUCAAACCCAUGUGGGAGGUACAACCAUGCACCUUUAGACUAACACCUACACACCUUUAAACUAACACCUACACA